AUGAUCCGUACUCUUGAUAUCGGCAGUGUUCUCCCCAGCCCCGACUCUCCACCAGGGAUGACCACUUCAAAGAGCUCCAAGACUUCCUCUUUCCAAUCUUUCGACAGUGACGAUGGCAGCGUCUUGGCCGACGUUGGCCAUUUUGAAGAAAUUGGACUCGACGACGACACUGUGACCCUCAAGAGCCCAUCCAAGGUCGAUGUUCGUCCCACUCUAGCCAAAGCCCCCUCGAGCCGAACCCUCGCAGCAGGCAAGACUGCCUCCAAAGCCCGACCGCCAUUCCCUACUCUCGAGACCAAUGUAUACACCUCCAACCCCAGAAGCACCAAUUUGAGCGCGUUGACCGAGCCUCUUUCUGCUACGCGACCAAAGACACUGACAAGCCCAUCCUCGGCUUCUCUUCCAUUUCCUCGACGGCGAAGCCCAAGCCCUGCCUAUUCGCUCAACCCGAGGGACCCGAGAGACCCAAGUUUCCCUCAAAAACCUCGUCGAGGCAGCUGGCAGGCCGGCCGCGAUCGCAAGUCUUUUACCGACCUUGAGCGAGAAUGUGAUGAAGACGAUGGCGAUGAUAUCCCCGAUGGCAUGUUUCUGGACAAUGUGCCGCUCUCUCCCCGGCCCAUGCAGGAGCGCACGCCCAGCCGACCAUCCUCUGUUUCUCCAUCCCCCAAUCGAUCCAAAGAACGAGUGCGAAGUGUCGGUAAUGGAACGCCCGCAGUCGCGCAAGCUCAAGGCUCUCUUCGAUCGCCAACUUGGAAGACCGAUGACAACCCUCGCAGCCCUGCCAAGCAACGGGCACACAGUUGGAACGCUGCGUUAGCGGAACUGAAUGCCGAGGCCAAGACGUUGACGGAGAAGCUCGAGGAGCACGCCAACGAAAUGGAGGAACAACAAGCCAAACGCCCCGCGAAUCAGCGCCCCAACACCUGGAACGCUACUCGGCGAUCUGUCGACACAUUUGACAAGAAGCAGCGUGUCAAAUCAACCCCCGAGCUGCCGCCUCUUCGCAAGACCAAUAUUAUGAUCGACCCUCUUCCCGUUUCGAAGGAGAAGGAGGCUGUUCUCAGCCGGACACGACCCUCAUGGCUACCACCCAAGGAUCCCGCUGAGGAGCGCCGACAUCUGAAGGAAUACCAAAAGAUGAUGGCAGCAAGUGCCAAGGCUGAGGAGCGACGCGAAGCCUCACGCAAGGCCAAGAUCGAAGGACGGGACAGCACAGCUGACAAUCUGAUGCAAAUUUGGGAGAGGGACGUGAUUCCACGUUGGAGCGAUGCUAUUCGCGAGCGCAGGACAAGAGAACUAUGGUGGAAGGGAAUCGCACCCCGAAGCCGCGCCCAAAUCUGGGGUCGUGCAAUCGGUAAUGAACUAGGACUGUCAGAAACAUCCUUCAAAGCAGCACUUGCUAGAGCUCAAGAGAUUGAGGCCAGAGUUAAGGACGAUAAGGGCGAUGCGGAGGAUGCCAGGAGGGCAAAAUGGUUCCAGGAUAUCCGAAGGGACGCUGCACAGAAGACGUGGGAGGAUUUACGGAUUUUUGACGUCGAGGGACCACUGCACCAAAGCCUUGUUGAUGUGUUGAGUGCAUAUGCCAUGUACAGGAGUGACAUUGGUUAUGUCCGUGGUUGUAACACAAUCGCUGCCUUGCUGCUCCUCAACUUGCCCGAUGCCGCGUCUGCAUUCGUCGCACUCGCCAACGUCCUCAAUCGCCCACUACCUCUGUCUUUUUACACUGGAGAUCCGGGUGCACAAGCGUCCGCAUUCAACCUCAUCAUGCAGACACUUUCUCUCAAGUCCGCCCCUCUUCACGCGCACCUCACAAAGAAGAUCCCUACUGCCGAAUUAGAACGAUCUUUUUCAGGAAUUUUGACAGCCAUUUUCACACAACACUUGGCGAUAGAUGAAGCAGCCCGUCUUUGGGACGUCUACGUCUUCGAAGGAGAUGCACUCCUAAUUCGAGCUGCUGUCGCACUUCUUCUCAGCAGGGAGAUGACGCUUCUCGGCGCUAAGACCGCCGACGAGGUCAAGACCAUUCUUGAUGGAAGAAACGCCAAGGUCUCUUCGGCCAGAGUCGCCGGAGAGGUGGGUGCCGAGGACAAAUUUAUGAUGUCAGUCCGUGAGGCAGGAAAAGCUUAA